AUGUCACAAGAUAAUAACACAUGGCUGGCAGAGCCUCCUACGAAGCCUAAGCCGCUGGUUGAACACGUCGACGAGAGGAAGCCUAAGCCGCUGGUUGAACACGUCGACGAGAGGAAGCCUAAGCCGCUGGUUGAACACGUCGACGAGAGGAAGCCUAAGCCGCUGGUUGAAUACGUCGACAAGAGGAAGCCUAAGUCGCUGGUUGAACACGUCGACGAGAGGAAGCCUAAGCCGCUGGCCGAACACAUCGACGAGAGGAAGCCUAAGCCGCUGGUUGAACACGUCGACGAGAGGAAGCCUAAGCCGCUGGUUGAACACGUCGACGAGAGGAAGCCUAAGCCGCUGGUUGAACACGUCGACGAGAGGAAGCCUAAGCCGCUGGUUGAAGACGAGAGGAAGCCUAAGCCGCUGGUUGAACACGUCGACGAGAGGAAGCCUAAGCCGCUGGUUGAACACGUCGACGAGAGGAAGCCUAAGCCGCUGGUUGAACACGUCGACGAGAGGAAGCCUAAGCCGCUGGUUGAACACGUCGACGAGAGGAAGCCUAAGCCGCUGGUUGAACACGUCGACGAGAGGAAGCCUAAGCCGCUGGUUGAACACGUCGACGAGAGGAAGCCUAAGCCGCUGGUUGAAUACGUCGACGAGAGGAAGCCUAAGUCGCUGGUUGAACACGUCGACGAGAGGAAGCCUAAGCCGCUGGCCGAACACAUCGACGAGAGGAAGCCUAAGCCGCUGGUUGAACACGUCGACGAGAGGAAGCCUAAGCCGCUGGUUGAACACGUCGACGAGAGGAAGCCUAAGCCGCUGGCUGAACACGUCGACGAGAGGAAGCCUAAGCCGCUGGCUGAACACGUCGACGAGAGGAAGCCUAAGCCGCUGGCUGAACACGUCGACGAGAGGAAGCCUAAGCCGCUGGCCGAACACGUCGACGAGAGGAAGCCUAAGCCGCCGGCCGAACACAUCGACGAGAGGAAGCCUAAGCCGCUGGCCGAACACGUCGACGAGAGGAAACAUAACCCGCUGGCCGAACACGUCCAUAAUACCGCUACAACUGUCUCUUGCCGACUCCUUUUUCCCUGUUACAGCCCCACUCUUGUGCCAGGUAACUCCACUAGGGCUCACCAUAGCCCAUGCUACUUGGAACUUUUUGUUCCCAGUAACUGACUCUAAAACAACAACCUCUUUCUGUACACAGUUGGCGGAGACUGGGACGUACACAAGGCAUGUUCGUACAGGCAGCAUAACCUCUCUAAACCCAUGGGGAAAUGGAACACGAGGCCUUGCCCCUUCACCUUCACGGAGGUGAAGGUGAAGGAGGUCACCAUUUACAACGCCACCUGCGCCCCCUCCGACAACUGGCGAUGCCGCCCCAACAUGCUGAUGGUGAAUGAUCUCCCCGUCGCCACCUACUGCUACGAAGACCUGCCUGAGGACAGUCCUGGUGACAACCGCUUACAUUCAUGAGCGGAGUUGACUAGAAGAAAGAACUCAUUCACAGUGAAAUCACAUUAACGUGUGUCUACGAGAUGAUCGUUGGAGCAACAGGGGCUUCGAUUCCACCGCCCUGCUCCAAUGGUUUUAUCAAAGGACUUGUGUGUUGUCUCUCCUGCCUGACAGUGGAGGCUGUGUGUCACCCAAGGUACAGCUGUGGCAGGAGACAACAGCUGUACAGCUUUGGCUGGAGACAACAGCUGUACAACUAUGGCUGGAGCCAACAACUGUACAGCUUUGGCUGGGGACAACAGCUGUACAUCUGUGGCUGGAGACAACAGCUGUACAGCUGUGGCUGGAGACAACAGCUGUGGCUGGAGAAAACAGCUAUACAUCUGUGGCUGGAGCCAACAGCUGUACAUCUGUGGCUGGAGACAACAGCUGUACAUCUGUGGCUGGAGACAACAGCUGUACAUCUGUGGCUGGAGACAACAGCUGUACAGCUGUGGCUGGAGACAACAGCUGUACAGCUGUGGCUGGAGACAACAGCUGUACAGCUGUGGCUGGAGCCAACAGCUGUACAGCUGUGGCUGGAGACAACAGCUGUACAGCUGUGGCUGGAG